AUGCGAUUCUCCGGCCUGCUUGCCCUUGUCGCGCUGCUAUACAUCCAAAGUGGGGUCGCCUAUGCCAAAUUCCUCUGCAACGAUAAAGCCAAAGCAAACAUCAAUAAGAACACUCCCGUCUGCAUGGUAAAGCCCAGUGAACAGGCGAAUAAAUACUAUUGGACGGCGACCAGCGCGACUGUUUCUGAUGGGGCUAGCCACACCUGUGAGGGUGUUAAAAUAUUUGAAUUGUCAACAGAUGCAAGGUUUUGUUGCGACGUCGACCUGAAAAAGAAGCAGGAUUUUACUCAAGCAGAUCUUGGUACACUCUGUUAUCCUCGAGAUGCCCAAAAACCAAAAAAAAAAACUCGCGCCUUAAUGAAGCUGUCAUGA